ACCUGAGCUCAGGGACCGGCGGAGUGCAGCCUCCCCGCCCAGCCGCGGGGCAAGGAACCGCACGGGGCUCGCCGGAGGCACAGACCCGCCUCGUCCCGUCCGGGAGCCGCCCGUGUCGAAGGCGCGUCCAGCCCGGUCGCCACCUCUGGCUCGCCUCUGCACCCCCUUCAUGGUCCUCUCCUGGGCAGCGGCUCCCUGAGCCUGGAAGCACCUCCUCUCCUCUCCCCGAUGUCGGGUCCGCGCAGCGCCUUGCAGGCCUGGUGCCGCCGCCAAUGCGAGGGCUACUCCGGCGUGGAGAUCCGAGACCUCAGCAGCUCCUUCCGGGAUGGCCUGGCCUUUUGCGCCAUCCUCCAUAGGAACCGGCCUGAUUUGCUGGAUUUUAAUUCACUUUCCAAGGAGAAUGUAUUUGAGAACAACCGCCUGGCAUUUGAAGUGGCUGAGCAGGAGCUGGGGAUCCCUGCUCUGCUGGAUCCCAGCGACAUGGUCUCCAUGAAGGUCCCUGACUGCCUCAGUGUCAUGACUUAUGUGUCUCAGUAUUACAACUAUUUUAAUAACCCCAGCCAAGCUCGGAUCCCCCCACCCAUGAAGCGCCCAGUGGUUGCGUCCUCACCCAUACAGCCUACUCAGGGGCCUGUGGCUGUACUGGAGACCACCACGUCAGCACCCCAGGAUGAUGUUGCCGAGGACCUGGCAGAGCAACCUCAGCGUACCACGCUUAGCAGCACAUGUGCAGCUUGCCAGCAACACGUUCACCUGGUGCAGCGCUAUCUGGCUGAUGGAAAACUCUACCAUCGUCAGUGCUUCCGGUGUAGGGAAUGCUCCAGCACCCUCCUUCCUGGGUCCUACAAGCCUGGCCCUGAAGCGGGCACUUUUGUGUGCACUCAACAUCGCGGCAAGCUGGGCCUAUGUGGGAGAACUGAGCGCAGGCCAAGUCCAGUUCUUCAGCCUGUGGCAGAAAGCAGAGACCCUGGGAUAGUGAGUCCGGGUGUGGAGGAAGAGAACGGAGUACCAGAGAGUUGCCCUUCAGCCGCAGAAAAGCUGGACAAAACUGGGAGGGAAAUAGAUGAUAGAGGAGAGGCAAAGACUGAGGUGGAGGUGCCUCUUGGCCAGCCAAAGAAUGAAACGCUCACUUCCACUCCCGUCUCAGAGCUUUGCUGCCAGAUGCCUCCCAGGCCCCCUCUUCCAGCCAAACCCUCCUUGCUCAUCCAAGAGAAAGCGAGCGUGCGACAGGAGCAGCUCAAGGAGGCCCGCCCCACUCCUGCUCCCCGAAAAAGUACAGACAACACAACCCUCUCACCACCCAGCUCCCACCCUGUUCCAAAGCCCCGAGCUAGUGUGUCCAGCGAGAGCUCCAGUGAGCCAGGAUCCAGCCUGGUCAAUGGUAGGCCUCCUGAGCCCUGCCUUCCAGUUCCGAAGCCCAGAGUGAGACCCACAUCUUCAGACCGAAUUGGUGAGUUACCCAAACCAAAAGAUCCUCCCUGGAUUGCAUUGGUCCAGGGGGAGCCCAAGAAAAAGCCUGCUCCUCCCCCACCAGGCAGUAGCAAGGAAAGUCCACCAAAGGCUUCAGGAAUGGAUGAGGGUGGAGAAGAAGAAGGGAAGGCAAGUGGCGGCGAAGGAAGACCCACUCCAAGGGAGCCAAAGCCCUAUAAUCCCUUUGAGGAUGAAGAGGAGGAAUUGGAAUCAGUCACGGCACAAAACAACUCAACACCAGAGUUGAGUGAGAGUGAGGGCGCCCCAAAGACUGCACAUCCCUGGUAUGGCAUCACUCCCACGAGCAGCCCCAAGACAAAGAAACGUCCAGCCCCAAAGGCCCCGAACGCCUCCCCACUUGCUCACCAUUCGAUCUCCAGGCUGUCCCGCUCUGAGCCCUCUUCCACUACUCCGUCCCCUGCCCUCAGCUUGGAGAGCAUCACAUCAGAGUGUUUGGCGAAGGCAGCGGUCAACCUGGAGGAGGCCUCUGUGCCCAAGAGCUCCUCUGAGCCCAUGGUCCAUGCGCCAUCCAUGUCCAGCACCUCCAGCUCAGAACCCCCAGUUGCCGACAUCUCUGCCAAUGGCGGAUCCACAGUUCUGCCCAGUUGCUCUGCAGUCCCUUUCUUCUCAUCAUCCAGUGAUUUGGGCGGUGAGGUGCAGGGUGGAUGCUUACAGACUCCCAGAAGCUGCUCGGCUGGGACCUUGGAAAACAGCUCAGGAGAGAUUUCUCCCAAGCUUCCAGCUGGUUCUACUCCCACUCCUAUUGUCUUGGUUUCAGAUCUGAGUGGUGGGGCUGACAAGAACUCUCCUUCACCCAAAGCUCAGCCAAAAUCAUCCUGUAAAGAGAAUCCCUUCAACCGGAAACCUUCACCAGUAGCUUCACCCACUGUGAAGAAAACUCCAAAGGGACCCAAGCCAGCAAGGCCUCCUGCUCCAGGACAUGGUUUUCCAUUGAUCAAACGGAAGGUACAGUCAGACCAGUAUGUCCCAGUGGAGGAUAUCUAUGGUGAGAUGGAUAGUAUUGAGCAGCAACUGGAUGAACUAGAGCACCGAGGUGUUGAGCUGGAAAGAAAACUUCGUAGCAUGGGAAAUGAUGUCCCUGAAGAUGGUCUGCUGGUAGACUGGUUUAAGCUCAUCCACGAGAAACACAUGCUGGUGCGUCGGGAGUCUGAACUCAUCUAUAUUUUUAAGCAACAAAACCUAGAGCAGCGUCAGGCUGAUGUCGAGUAUGAAUUGCGAUGCCUUCUCAAUAAACCUGAGAAAGACUGGACAGAUGAUGACCGAGUGAGAGAGAAGGUGUUGAUGCAAGAGCUUGUCACCAUUAUUGAACAACGGAAUGCCAUUGUCAACUGUCUAGAUGAAGACCGGCAAAGGGAGGAAGAAGAGGAUAAAAUGGUGGAAGCCAUGAUUAAAAAGAAAGAGUUUCACAGAGAAGCUGAGGCCGAGAGCAGGAAGAAAGGGAAAUUCAAGCCCAUGAAAAUGUUGAAGCUGCUUGGGAACAAACAUGAGUCAAAGAGCAAGUCGCCCAAGGAGAAAAGCUAAAGCCGGUGGCAGCCAAAAGCAGGCAGGACUGCUAUGCCUUCUGGCUGCUUCAGUCUUCCAUUUGGCUGGGAGCCUGGCAAACAGGACUUUGUGCCUCCUGCCCCUGGUUUUUAGAAGCUGUGCCUCACCAUAUACCAAAGCUAGCUUUUCCCAAGAGAAAUGCAGCCAUUUCCAGCAGCGUACUCUCUUAUGCUUAGAGAAGAUGGGAGGUAUAGCAGCUCCACUUAGCACUGGACAUUGAGGAGGAACAGACUUGGAGAAGGAAGCUGCUUGUGUCUCCUUUAGCUUGAGGGUGGAUGAGGGUGGGGGGAGUAAGACAUUUUUAGACUUCCUCCGUUGUGUGUGUACUCUUAUUCAGUGUUCUGAGCAGUCCCAGAUUUGAUUGUCUGUGAAAAACUUGCACUAAUUGUCUCCUUUUUCUAAACUGUGAUAGUCACAUGUGCCUCAUACCCCUGUCCUCUGAGGAAGGAGGAGACCUUCCACAGUGGACUAGGGGGGAGGAAUGGCUCUCCUCCCCUGCUACAGAUCUCUUUUUUGCCUACUUGUCCAAAAAAUUAUUUGAAAAAACUUGGCGUUUUCAGAGCAGGAUUAUUUAUUUUGUUGUUGGUUUAUAACAGUUAAACUGGUGAGCUCUCAGAUUUUUUUUGUCACAAGGGCCAACAGAAACAGCAACAAAAAACUAACUAAUGCCCUAUUUCUUGAAGCCUUCUCUAUCACCAAAGAUGUGCUGUAAGUCCUUGGGUCUUAGGAAAACUCUGAAUGAAGCAAAGAGGAAGUUUUGCAAAAUGAAGCAAAGAGGUGAUCAUUUGUUCAGGUCUGAACAGGACACUUAAUAAGUUUUUUAUAACCCUCAAGGUUGCUGCUGCUGCUAAUGUCAUCCAUGGUGCUCCUCAUGGGACUGGGACAGGUUGAGACUUUCCCUUUCUGCUCUUAGGCAGAGGGAAUUAUGAAGCUGUCCUCAAUGCCAACAAGACUUCGUUUUGGCCUUGCUCACCAGUGCCACCACUAGCCCAUUUGGGAGGGAUCUUGGCUGCUUCCUGCCCUCUUCCCUCAGCUUGGUCUGUAUAUAUUUUUAUAAAAUUUUGAAGACAGCUCUUUCUACCAUUUUGUUAGUGAAAUUUCAGCCCGCUCUUCCAGCUUUGUUUUUAUUUGUGUGGCGCGUGUGUGUGUGUGUGUGUUAAGAGGGAGACGUCUCUUUCCUCCUUCCUUUCUGCCUUCUCUGCGUUGAGGAUCUAUUUAUUGAAAUGUUUGUUUGGUCUGAGUUAAACACUGAUAGUAUUGUAGGUGUUGGUUAGUCAGCUGUUAGUCUUGAGUUCUUGUUAGCAGAGCAGACUACCAGCCCAGAGCAAACUGCAGUGCUGCCUUAUCCAAAUAUGAUGAAUUUUUGGCUGGACCUGGGCUGCAACACCCAGCCUGAACCAUUCCACAAGGGGAUUUACAUUCAUGAGUGUUGCCAACUGUGGUUGGGGCCAUGUUCUUGACCCUUGCAAAUGAAUGCCAGCCAUCAUCUGACUCCCGCACAGCGAAGUUGCCCUUGGAUUUGAUCCCAAAGCACAACAUUCUCCUCUGUAAAGCAAAACAAGCCACGGGUCUAAAAUGCCACCCUAUACACUCCCAUCAGAAAUCUCCACCAGACUGUGGUGGACAUAAUUACACUGUAUUAACUACAUUCUUCACUGACGUGCAGGGAACAAAGAAAUCAAAUAAACAAAUUGUAUCGCG